UGGAUGGAUGGAUGGAUGGAUGGACGGACGAAUUUAACAAUUAGGAGAUUUACCAUGCCAAGGACCCCAGAGUGGAAACAAAGGAGAAUUGCCAACACACGAUCUCUGGACUCCGGACUCUCUGGCGAUUUUGAGGAUCCUCGGAGGCGGGGCAUCUUGCAGAACACGGGCUGCCGCCUAUACCGGGAGCAGCUCCAGAGCACGUAUAAGUGCAAUAUAUUGCAAGGAUUUAUUCUGUUCAUUGGAUUGGUCACAGUGCUGCUCAUGCUGUCUUUCCACGGCAAUGAGUCGACUGCGAUCAAUCUAGAAGAUCAGUUGUCUUUGGAAGCGCUCUGGCUGGGCGUGUCAGAAGUGCUGGGCCUGGGGGAUCGUCUGGAAGCGAAGAGGUCUCUUCAACCCUUCAACUGCGACCAGCAGCUGGACACAAGGCGCCUUUUUCGACAGAUUGGCAAGCAGGUGCUCAAUCAGGAGAAUGCUCUAGCGCGUCUGGAACGAGCCGUCAGAAGUAAGAGAUCAUUCAAAUCUGUGGCGUUGCUGGGACCACCCGGAGUGGGCAAAACGCUGACAGCAACGGAACUGAAACAACAGUUUCCCUGGCCGGAGAACGUGCACAGUUACUCGUGGAGCACCCAAGUGCCGGACGAUGCCCACAAAUUUCACCUGAUGCGUCAAUUUGUGAAGCAGCUGUCCGACUGUGGCCAGAAUCUGCUAAUCAUUGACAAUCUGUCCACUUGCGACUACAGCAUCGUGCCCAUCUACAACCGGCUGUUGCAGCAGCGCGAGGGCGAUCCGAGGUCAGCAGUUAAUCAAACUGUACUCGUGGUGUACAUCUUCAGUCUGCAGUUGGAAUACUACUGCGAACAGUUUGAGUGGCUGCAGCAAUUGCCCACGGAUACCACAAUCAUCAACUAUCGCCACUUUUCACGUGACGAGCUGCGCGACUGCCUGCGGAACGAGCUACGCUUGGAGCAACGUAUCCUGGAUGAGCUCACACUCUCCCUCGUACUGGAGGAGGCACUGCUCCAAGUCGACGACUCAGGCUGCAAGCACAUCCGUCAGCUUCUCCUGCAACACGGUCUUUUCGGCCAAUAAAUUGUUUUUAGUCUCUGUCUAUGCUACCUGUAAAAAUUAGAUAGAGUGAAUGUCUGAAUUGAAUGCAUGAUUGUAUGAAAUAAAAAUGGAACUAUUCAUAGUUA